GAGAAGGAGGGAAACCUGCUUCUCCGGAGGGACGAGGUAGCGGCGCUGCAGCGGGCCAGCCCAGCGGCUCGGGCUGCGGGCACAUGCCGGGCUUGGAGCACCGGAGCCGCGGGAUUCCUGCGGGUGCCUCAGCCCAGCUCCCGCCCCGUCCCCUGCGAGAGCGUCAGCUGGGCUCCUGCAGGGAGGAGGGCUCACCGACGGCUCCUCUCCCAGAGUGCAUUAAUCCAAGAGCAAGCAAACCUGGUAUCCACAUCAUGGGGGACGUGAAACUGGUGACAUCUACUCGAGUCUCCAAAACCUCCCUGACACUCAGCCCCCCUGUUCCUGCUGAAGCACCAGCAUUUACUCUUCCUCCUCGGAAUAUCCGAGUGCAGCUGGGAGCCACUGCAAGAUUCGAGGGGAAGGUCAGAGGAUACCCCGAGCCCCAGAUCACGUGGUACAGAAAUGGGCAUCCUGUCCCAGAGGGAGACCAUUAUGUCGUGGACCACAGCAUUCGGGGGGUGUUCAGCUUGGUGAUCAAAGGUGUGCAGGAAGGUGAUGGUGGUAAAUACACCUGUGAGGCUGCAAAUGAUGGUGGGGUUCGUCAAGUGACUGUGGAACUGACAGUGGAAGGAAGCUCCUUGAUGAAAUACAGCCUGCCAUCCAGUGCCAAAACACCUGGGGGAAGACUUGCUGUUCCAUCUGUGGAGCAGAGGCCAAGCAUCUGGGGAGAAAGUCCACCUAAAUUUGCUACAAAACCCAAUAGAGUUGUUGUGCGUGAAGGCCAAACAGGCAAAUUCUCGUGUAAAAUAACAGGACGACCUCAGCCUCAAGUAACUUGGUUUAAGGGUGACACUCAGUUGCAGCAAAAUGAGCGUUUCAACAUGUACGAGAAAACAGGCAUCCAGUUCCUGGAAAUCCAAAAUGUUCAGCUUGCUGAUUCGGGAAUUUACACGUGCACAGUGGUAAACAGCGCUGGGAAGGCAUCUGUGUCUGCAGAGCUCACCGUGCAAGGUCCAGAUAAGACUGACACAUACGCUCAGCCACCAUGCAUGCCAUCAAAACCAACCACACUUGCUGUUAAAACUGUUGAAAAUUCAGAAUACAAACAGUCAACUAGCAAUGGGAUUGCUAAAGAGCUGAAAUGCAGCAGCACAGAACUCAUGGUUGAAACCAAAGACAGGGUGUCAGCAAAGAAAGAGUCCUUUUACUUCACCAGAGAAGCUAAAGAAAGUAAGCAGGGACAGUACCAAGAAGCCAAUGCAGUGUCUCCUCAAGAACAUAAAGAAGGAAAAAAGGGACCUCCAGUCCUGCAGAAAACUUCAAGCACCAUCACUCUUCAAGCUGUCAAACUGCAACCAGAACCAAAGGCAGAACCCCAGGCCACUUCCAUGAGACAGGGGGAAGACAGGAAAAGGGCUGUGCAGCUCCUGAUGUCAGCUCAACAAACUCCACCUCUGACAAGGCAAGCCAGUCCAAGGAGUAGAGAAGCAGAAAACAGAUCUGGAGCCCAGAAGGCUAUAACGGAGGAGAAGAGGGAGCCUCUGGGAAUUCUCCCUCGGUUUGAGAGCCAUCCACAGAGCCUGGAAGCAUCAGAAGGCCAGGAGGUUAAAUUCAAGAGCAAAGUUUCAGGGAAACCAAAACCAGACAUGCAGUGGUUCAAAGAAGGUCGACCUAUUAAAGCUGGAGAAGAUAUUCAAAUAUAUGAAGAAGAUGGGAUUCAUUGCCUAUGGUUAAAGAAAGCCUGUUUGAGGGACAGUGGAUCUUACAGCUGUACAGCUGUCAACGCCAAAGGCCAGACUUCCACCAGCUGGUUGUUAACUGUCAGGAGGCCUAAAGUUGAAGAGGUUGCUCCAUGCUUUUCCAGUGUCUUGAAAGGCUGCACUGUGAGUGAAGGACAAGACUUCGUGCUGCAGUGCUGUGUGGGAGGGGUCCCUGUGCCUCACAUCACGUGGCUUCUCAAUGAUCAGCCAAUUCAAUAUGCCCAUUCCACUUUUGAAGAUGGAGUUGCAAAAUUGACUGUCCAAGAUGCCCUACCAGAGGAUGAUGGCAUUUAUACCUGUCUGGCUGAAAACAACAAAGGACAGGCAUCUUGCAGUGCUCAGGUCACAGUCAAAGAAAAGAAGAGCAGCAAGAAGGCAGAAAGUGCACAGGCUGCCAAGCUAAACAAGACUUUUGCACCCAUCUUCCUUAAAGGCCUGACUGACCUCAAAGUAAUGGAUGGAAGUCAAGUGAUAAUGACUGUGGAGGUAUCAGCUAACCCACCUCCUGAAAUUAUCUGGCUGCAUAAUGGGAAAGAAAUCCAGGAGACAGAAGAUUUCCACUUUGAGAAGAAAGGCAAUGAGUACAGCCUCUACAUCCAGGAGGUGUUUCCUGAAGACACAGGCAAAUACACCUGUGAAGCCUGGAAUGAAGUAGGAGAAAGUCAAACCCAGGCAACAUUGACAGUUCAAGAACCCCAGGAUGGUAUUCAGCCCUGGUUCAUAAGCAAACCGAGAUCAGUGACAGCAGCUCCUGGGCAAAAUGUCCUUAUAUCCUGUGCCAUUGCUGGAGAUCCUUUCCCCACUGUUCACUGGUUUAAAGAUGAGCAAGAAAUAAUGCCAGGAACAGCAUGUGAAAUCCUGCAAAAUGAAGACAUCUUCACACUGGUCCUGAGGAAUGUGCAGACUCGUCAUGCAGGGCAAUAUGAAAUUCAGCUCAGGAACCAAGUUGGAGAAUGCAGCUGCCAGGUGUCUCUGAUGCUGCGGGAGAGUUCAGCUUCCACAGCAGAAAUGCUCAGAGAUGGGAGGGAAACAGCCAGCUCUGGAGAGCAAAGAGAUGGUGGAGAUCAUGGUAAACUAACAUUUGGUAGAACAAGUGGCUUCAAAAAGAACAGCAGUGCAAUCAGAGUAGCUGAAGAAGAGCAGGAAGACGUCCGAGGUGUGCUGAAAAGGCGAGUGGAAACUCGGGAACACACAGAGGAAAGCCUGAGGCAGCAGGAAGCUGAGCAACUUGAUUUCCGUGACAUUUUAGGCAAGAAAGUCAGCACCAAAAGUUUUUCUGAGGAGGAACUGAAGGAAAUCCCAGCCGAGCAAAUGGACUUCCGAGCAAACCUGCAGCGGCAGGUCAAACCCAAGACCUUGUCAGAGGAGGAGAGGAAAGUCCAUGGUCCUCAGCAGGUGGACUUCCGCUCUGUGCUGGCCAAGAAAGGCACCCCAAAAACCCCAUUGCCAGAGAAGGUGCCACCUCCUAAACCUGCUGUUACAGAUUUCAGGUCUGUGCUGGGCUCAAAGAAAAAGCCACCUGCGGAGAAUGGCAGCGCUGGCACCCCAGCACCAAAUGCCCGCGCCAACUCUGAAGCCCAGAACGCGACCCCCAAUUCUCAAGCCCCCAUUGCCAAACCAGCAGCAAAAAAAGAGGAGAAGAACGACAGAAACUGUGAGCAUGGGUGUGCAGUGGUUGAUGGUGGAAUAAUUGGGAAAAAAGCUGAAAACAAAGCACCAGCAAGCAAACCACCAGCAAGCAAAGGAACAGCACCCUCCUUUACAGAGAAGCUUCAGGAUGCUCAAGUUGCAGAUGGUGAGAAAUUGGUCUUACAAUGUCGGAUUUCCUCUGAUCCCCCGGCAGCUGUCACCUGGACUCUAGACAGCAAAGCCAUCAAGUCAUCGAAGUCCAUUGUCAUCUCCCAAGAAGGGACACUCUGCUCACUUACCAUUGAGAAGGCCAUGCCUGAAGAUGGGGGCGAAUACAAGUGUAUAGCUGAGAACUCAGCAGGAAAAGCUGAAUGUGCUUGCAAAGUGGUGGUAGAAGAUGCCUCAAAGACCUCAAAGCCUACUGACAAGAAGACCAAGAAACCUAAGACCACACUUCCCCCGGUGCUGCCAACAGAGAGCGAAGCAACGGUGAAGAAGAAACCAGCUCCAAAGACUCCUCCAAAAGCAGCUGCUCCUCCUCAGAUUACUCAGUUCCCAGAAGACAGAAAAGUCCGUGCAGGUGAAUCAGUGGAACUGUUUGCCAAGGUGGUAGGAACAGCACCCAUAACUUGCACCUGGAUGAAAUUUCGUAAGGAGAUUAAAGAAAAUGAAUAUAUUAAAAUUGAGAAUGAUGAAAACAGCAGCAAGCUAACAAUAUCAUCGACAAAGCAGGAACACUGUGGAUGUUACACCCUAGUUGUAGAGAACAAACUUGGCAGUAGACAAGCACAAGUCAACCUUACAGUUGUUGAUAAGCCAGACCCACCUGCUGGCACACCUUGUGCAUCAGACAUACGGAGUUCCUCCCUCACUCUCUCUUGGUAUGGCUCCUCCUAUGAUGGUGGAAGUGCAGUGCAGUCCUACACCGUGGAGAUCUGGAACUCAGUGGACAACAAAUGGACAGACCUCACCACCUGCCGCAGCACCUCUUUCAACGUGCAGGACCUGCAGGCUGACCGGGAGUACAAAUUCCGUGUGCGGGCUGCCAAUGUGUACGGCAUCAGCGAGCCCAGCCAAGAAUCUGAGCUGGUAAAGGUUGGAGAGAAACAAGAAGAACCUAAAGAGGAUGAAGCGGAGCUAUCUGACGAUGAGGGGAAAGAAACAGAGAUGGAAUAUCGGACGGUUACAAUCAACACUGAACAGAAGGUGUCAGAUGUCUAUAACAUUGAAGAGAGGCUGGGAUCGGGAAAAUUUGGACAAGUCUUUAGGCUUGUUGAAAAGAAGACUGGAAAAGUUUGGGCAGGAAAAUUUUUCAAAGCCUAUUCUGCUAAGGAAAAAGAGAACAUAAGGGAUGAAAUCAGCAUCAUGAACUGUCUACAUCAUCCAAAACUCGUCCAAUGUGUAGAUGCCUUUGAAGAAAAAGCCAACAUCGUUAUGGUCUUGGAAAUGGUUUCUGGAGGAGAGCUCUUUGAACGCAUCAUUGAUGAAGACUUCGAGCUGACAGAGAGAGAGUGCAUUAAAUAUAUGAAGCAGAUUUCAGAAGGAGUUCAGUACAUUCAUAAGCAGGGUAUUGUUCACUUGGAUUUGAAGCCAGAAAAUAUUAUGUGUGUCAACAAGACUGGUACAAGCAUCAAACUCAUUGACUUUGGACUUGCAAGAAGAUUAGGUAAUGACUUCUCUGCCUAUUUCAAUAUGACCGGGGGAAAGGGGCAGGACAAACA